UAAAUGUUGUACAUCAAAUACAUUUCUAAAAUCUCUUAUUGGAAAGUUCUGCGGUCAAAAAUUUUAAGCGCUUGUUUUGAGAUAUUUUCCUUAAUGAAAUCUACCGUAGGGCGCCGUCUUGACGGUAAAAAUAGGCUGGUUCCAAGAAAAGCCUACUGGAAACCAUAAAGAGCUACUACGUUAAUUAUAGGCGUUAGAUUUUCUCCGAGGUUCUAGUAAUUCAAAAGGGUGCUUUCCUUUCUCCAUUUGAGGUACGAUCCUGCAACUUUUCCCUAGCUUUCCUUCCUUCUUCACAGCGCCCCACUUCGAAGUGUUUUUGUUUUUCCUGCUCUUUCAGGUUGUGACAAUCUUCCUGUCAUAUUCAAAUACCAAGCGAGGCUAAAGACAGCAGAAAGCCAACCGGGAUCUCCUUAGGAAAUCCUUAGACCUAGACACCCUGCUGAGUUUCGGGAAGUUGCAAAGGGUGAAAAACACCGCCUUCGCCCAAGCUGCACAGCAUGCCGGGAAUUGUAGUUCUGACAGCCCCCCAAGAGUCCAGUCUGCGCACGCGCAAUGACCCCCGGUGGGGGCUCCUCCGGAUGAGGAAGGUGAGCUCGCUGCCACGCGUUCCGCGAGUCGCGGGCAGGGCCUUCUGGGAGUUGUAGUCGCCGCAGGCAGGCGCCGUCGGUAAGGAGACGUAGCUUUCGGUGGGAUCUGCUACUGCAGAAGGUUCCCCACGGGGGUGACGGGGAUGGAAGCUCCCUGGCGCCAGGUGGCCGGUGGCCGAGGCCGAGCCCGGGGUCGGCCAGCCGCGGCCCCCUCCCCGGGGAAUGGAGUCCCUCUGCGCGGUGCGGGCGGAGGGCGAGAGAAGAGGCCGGCGAGCGCCGUCCUUGCUGGCGCCAGCGGCGGAGGAGCCGAGACCCCCGCGGCCGCAGAGCUAAUGUCUCAGAAGAAAUUUGAGGAAAUUAAGAAGGCUAACCAAGCUGCAGCCAAAAAACUUGUUGAAGAACAUUAUAGUUCUUCAUCUGAAGAGGAAGGAGAUGAAGACUUUGAAGGGAAACAGGGAAAAAUAGUUACUAAAACAUUUAUAACAUACACUACUCAGGCAGAUGGAGAUACACGUGAAUUAGAGCGAACAAAACAAUAUAUAAAUGAAGCUUUUCAAGCAGGGGCUAUGACAUGCUUAAUUUGUAUUGCUUCAGUGAAGAGAAACCAAGCAGUUUGGAGCUGUUCGGGAUGUUUCUGUAUAUUUCACAUGCCCUGUAUCCAGAAGUGGGCUAAAGAUAGCCAGUUUCUUCUGUCUUCUCUGACUGAUGAUGAUUUUGGAACAAGAGAUUAUCCUUGGCCUUGUCCAAAAUGUAGGUUUGAAUACAAACGAUCAGAAACACCUAGUAGGUACUAUUGCUAUUGUGGAAAAGUAGAAGAUCCACCUUUAGAUCCAUGGCUUGUUCCUCAUUCAUGUGGCCAAGUGUGUGGGAGAGAAUUUAAACCACCAUGUGGCCAUAAGUGUUUACUCCUCUGUCACCCAGGUCCUUGCCCUCCUUGUCCAAAGAUGGUUACAACUACUUGUUAUUGUAAGAAAGCAAAGCCCAUCCCUCAUAGAUGCAGUGCCAAAGAGUGGUCCUGCCAGCAGCCAUGUGGGCGGAAGUUGCUUUGUGCGCAACAUCAGUGUGAAAAUCCUUGUCAUGCAGGAAAUUGUCAGCCCUGUCCCAGGGUUAGUAGGCAGAAAUGUGUCUGUGGCAAAAAAGUAGCUGAAAGAAGCUGUGCAAGUCCAGUGUGGCACUGUGAUCAAGUAUGUGGAAAAAUAUUGCCAUGUGGUAAUCAUACCUGUGAGCAAGUCUGCCAUGUUGGUGCUUGUGGAGAAUGUCCCCGAUCUGGGAAAAGGUUCUGUCCAUGUCAGAAAUCAAAGUUUUCUUUGCCUUGUACAGAAGAUGUACCAACUUGUGGAGACAGCUGUGACAAAGUACUGGAGUGUGGAAUUCAUAGAUGCUCACAACGUUGUCACCGAGGUCCUUGUGAAACAUGUAGACAAGAAGUGGAAAAGCAUUGUCGCUGUGGCAAGCAUACAAAACUAAUGCCAUGUCAUAAACCUUAUCUAUGUGAAACUAAGUGUGUUAAGAUGCGUGACUGUCAGAAGCACCAGUGUAGGAGAAAGUGUUGCCCUGGGAACUGUCCACCUUGUGAUCAAAACUGUGGGCGGACUUUAGGAUGUAGAAACCAUAAGUGUCCGUCUGUCUGCCACAGAGGCAGUUGCUAUCCAUGCCCAGAAACUGUAGAUGUGAAAUGCAAUUGUGGUAAUGCAAAGGUGACAGUGCCUUGUGGUCGAGAACGAACCACAAGACCACCCAAAUGCAAAGAGCUGUGCAGUCGACCACCAGCAUGUCAUCAUACAAGUCAAGAAAAACAUCGCUGUCACUUUGGUCCUUGUCCACCUUGCCAUCAGCCUUGCCAAAAAGUUUUGGAGAAAUGUGGUCACUUGUGUCCUGCUUCAUGUCAUGAUCAAGCAUUAAUAAAGCAGACUGGACGGCACCAACCUACAGGGCCAUGGGAACAGCCCUGUGAGCCAGCAUUUAUUGAGACUGCAUUACCUUGUCCUCCAUGUCAAGUCCCAAUUCCUCUGGAAUGUCUUGGGAAGCAUGAGGUGAGUCCACUACCAUGCCAUGCUGUAGGACCCUACUCCUGUAAGAGAGCUUGUGGAAGAAUCUUAGAUUGUCAGAAUCAUACCUGUUUGAAAGAAUGCCACAAAGUAACUGAAGUUGAUGGCUACACUAGCAAAAACAAGGCUGGCCCAGAAUGCCUUCAUUGUGAAGAAGGGUGCUCGAAGUCACGGCCAUUGGGUUGUCCUCAUCCAUGUGUUUUACCAUGUCACCCUGGGGACUGCCCUCCUUGUGUUCAGAUGCUUAGGAUAAAAUGUCACUGCAAGAUCACAAGUCUGUAUGUGGAAUGUAGAAAAAUAACUACAGCUGAUAUAAAUGAAAAGAACCUCCUCAGUUGUUGCAAAAAUCAGUGCCCUAAAGAGCUUCCUUGUGGUCAUAGAUGCAAAGAGAUGUGUCAUCCUGGUGAAUGUCCCUUUAAUUGCAACCAGAAGGUUAAACUUAGGUGUCCUUGUAAAAGAAUAAAAAAGGAAUUGCAAUGCAGUAAAGUACGUGAAAAUCAGGUUUCUAUAGAAUGUGACACAACAUGCAAGGAAAUGAAGCAGAAAGCAUCUGAGAUAAGAGAAGCAGAAGCCAAAGCUGCUCUUGAAGAGGAAAAACGAAGACAACAGGCUGAACUGGAAGCUUUUGAAAACAGAUUGAAGGGUCGUCGGAAGAAGAACAGAAAAAGAGAUGAAGUGGCAAUUGAGCUAUCAUUUUGGCAAAAAUACAGAUACUGUUUUCUUCCAGUGUGUGGAGUUGCAAUGGUAGUAUUUGCAUGGUACAUCACAGGUGGUACAAAGUAAAUAAAAUGUUUCAUCUUUUAAUAUACCUCAAAUUGAAUUUAGAUAAGUUGUUGAAUUUGGGAUAUUAGAUAAUGCGUAAUUAGAAUAUGAUAUUCAUUCAUGUCUGUAUUCUCCAGCUGUUGUUAGAGGUACAGAAUGUUAAGCUUUAUCUUACUUCGUAUUCUAGAAAGGGGAGUAUAACAUAGUUUAAAGUAAAAGCAUGACUGAAGUUGUAAAGUGUUUUAUAAGGCUUAGUGAUAAUUACAUGUUUGUCAUUAUUGUGCUUCUUUGUAUUAACUUAAUUGAUUUCAUUUAAUAUUUCAAACAAACUGUUUUGGAUUUUGUAAAAUUCAGAUGAAACUGAGCCAUAUGUGUAGUAAGUGGGAAAUUUUUCAGUGUUUCAGUUGUUUAGUACUUUUCUUGAUCAUGUAACUUUUUUUUUUAAAGCAGUUCUCUAAAAGAUCUGUUAAAUUGUAACAUGAAGCUUUAAUAGGUUUUAAAAGUUGGUGAGGAAUUAUUGGUCAUUGAAAAUUUCACUGUAUUCCUCAACAAAUGCCAGACUGAGUUCUUUACAUAUGGCUGUUUUCUGUGCAAGUAGCUUUCAGCUGAAGAUGGCAUGUUUUAUAAAACUUGUAUGUAUCUUUUAAAGAUAAUAAUAAAAGAAAAAACUAAUAUUUAUGAGCAAUAUGUGCUGAGCACAGGGUUUAUAUAUGGAAAUGAUUCACGUUUUUCUUUACUACAAUCUUAGGUAGAUUAUAGCUAGAAGUAAUUCUUAUAAAAACAAAUCAGUGAGUAUCAGUAAGCCAGUUCUGUUGGAAUUUUUAAGUCAUUUUUACGUGUCUUUGCUGUUUAAUUUUUGUAUGGUUAAUAUUUUCAUUAAAACUUUCGUACCAACUUUCUAAUUAGAA